AUGGGGUUUGAGAAAACUGCUACCUUCGAUAUUGCUAGAUUGACCCUCUACGAAACCAAGUAUAAUCAGAAACGCUUGGUUUCAGUAUUGCUGCCUAGUGUUUUGACCUCCGAGGAACUCUCUUCUUUGAAAAAUUUCGAUGCCCUGUUGUAUGUCGUCGAUGCUGUGCAAGCUAGAAGUGAUGUCAUUUAUCUCCAAGUUGUUGAUGCCCAUAUAACCUCAAUUACCAAGCCAAUGACAACCAAUGUGGGUGGUGUUCCUGACCAGCCUCAAUCCGAACAUGAGACUGACCAAGUCUCUCAAAAUCAGAAAAAAGAAGAGAGAGCAAAAAAGAAGAGGAUGAAAGAGCGCUCUGAUGUUUGGGAGCACAUUGUUAAAGAAGAUUUACCUUCUGGAAGGCAGAGUGAUGAUAUUGGCAAAGAAAUUGAAAAGUGUUUGCUUGAUUGGGGGCUUCAAAAAGUCAUGUGCAUAACUGUUGACAAUGCUAGCUCAAAUGAUACUGCAAUUGGGUAUAUGAGAUGGAAAAUGAAUGGAUGGAAAACUGGGGUUCUUAAUGGCCGUUUCAUUCACAUGCGUUGUGCUGCACACAUUAUCAAUUUAGUUGUUUCUGAUGGGUUUAUCAAACAAUCUCCUGCUAGGUUGCAAAGGUUUAAGAAAUAUGUCUUAGAUGAAAAAAUCAACACAAAAAAGGGAUUAUGCCUUGAUGUGCCUACUAGGUGGAACUCCACCUAUUUGAUGUUGAAUACUGCUAUUGAACUUGAGGAUGCUUUUGAGAGGUAUUCUGAGAAAGACCCUCACUAUGUUAUUGAUUUGGACGAGAGGGAUGGUAAGGGUAGCCAUGAUUCUGAUGAUUGGAAUAAUAUGAGAAGAUUUUCUGAGUUUUUACAAGCCUUUUAUGAUCUGACCUUGCAUGUCUCUGGCUCUUUAUAUGUCACUUCGAAAUUGUUUACACAUAAAUUGGUGAGUGUUGCUGUACUUUUGAAAGAUUUGGUUUCAAGUGAUGAUUUGGAUAUGUGUCUUAUGGCUUGUAGAAUGAAAGAAAAAUAUGAAAAGUAUUGGGGUGAUCCAGAAAAAAUAAACCUCCUGAUUUUUAUUGUCGUUGUCCUUGAUCCUCGGUAUAAGCUUGAUUAUGUUGAGUGGAUGAUAACUGAAAUAUAUGAUCCUAUUGUUGCUUCAAAGUUGGUUAGUGAAGGAAGCUUUGAAUGCUUUGUAUGA